UGGUUGCUCCAUGUUAGCAUUCUCGGGAAUAUACCACACUCUCCGCACUGUGAGUGAAUACAUUAGAUUCUACAGGCUGAUAUAGAGCCUUACCCAUCUCUGAGCUGCUGAAAGGGAGUGGCAUUGCAUUGGUAAUGAUAAUACAUUAUUGGCCCCUGCGUAGCAUCUCUCACAUACAGGGCCUUUUGAAAACGGACAUCUCUGCGAUCUCAUCUCAGUUUUUACCUUCUCUUUUGGCGGAGCAGACACAAGAUCUUGUUUUUAACAGGAAAGGCUAGACUAAGAGAUCAUCAUGACGGAGCGGGGGGAGAUCAAAAUCCUGGAAACAGCUGAGGACAUCCAGGAGCGUCGAGAACAGGUCUUGAACCGAUACGAGAUCUUCAAAGAGCUUGCCAAGGAGAGGAGACAGAAGCUUGAAGAGGCAAGACAGUUCCAGUUCUUCAAACGAGAUGCUGAUGAACUUGAAACAUGGAUUCUGGAGAAACUUCAGACAGCCUCGGACGAGAGCUACAAGGAUCCAGUCAAUCUUCAGACUUCCACUGUCUUUCCACUCUCACUCACUCAGCUGGUUGGGCAUACUAGUCGGCUGCGUUCUGGACUCAUUUUUGCUAAGCUCCAGAAACACCAGGCCUUCGAAGCCGAGGUCAUCGCCCACAGCUACGUCAUCGAACAGCUGGACGAGCAGGGGAAGGUGAUGAUCGAUGCCAAACACUUUGCUUCUGACGUGAUCGAAGCAAGGCUUGUUGAGCUUCACAGACUAUGGGAGCUACUGUUGUCCAAGCUGAGAGAGAAAGGUAUCAAGCUUCUUCAAGCUCAGAAGCUUGUUCACUAUCUCAGAGAGGUCGAGGAAGUCAUGUACUGGAUCCAGGAUAAGGAACCAUUUGCUGCAUCAGUGGAGACUGGAGUUGAUCUUGAACAUGUAGAAGUCCUCCAGAAGAAAUUUGAUGAAUUCCAGAAGGAUUUGAAUGCACAUGAAGAUCGUGUAGCCGAGGUGAAUUCCGAGGCUAAUACAUUGAUUGAAGAAGGUCACCCAGAGACAGACACCAUUAAGAAUAAGCAACAGGAUCUGAAUGAUGCCUGGGAGCGUCUCAAGCAGCUGGCCAUCAUCCGCCAAGAGAAACUCUUUGGUGCCAUGGAGAUUCAGAGAUUCAACAGAGAUGCUGAUGAAACGAUUGGAUGGAUCAAUGAGAAAGAUUCUAUCCUGUCCAUUGAUGACUACGGACGUGAUCUUGCUAGCGUCCAGGCACUCCAGAGGAAACAUGAGGGAACAGAACGUGAUCUUCAUGCCCUGGAAGACAAGGUGACAGCAUUGUGCCAGGAAGCAGAUCGUCUAGAACAGAUCCACACAGACCACGCACCUGAGAUCCAAUCUAAGAAAGAUGAGAUUGCCAAUAACUGGGAAAACCUACGUACAAAGGCCGAUGAGCGUAAGGUCCGUCUGGUAGAGUCGGCGAAUAUGCAUCGAUUCCUUGCUGACUACCGUGAUACCAUUGCUUGGAUCAAUGAUAUGAAGAACAUCAUCAAUGCUGACGAGCUUGCCAAGGAUGUUCCGGGAGCAGAAGCCCUCAUGGAACGACAUCAAGAACACAAGGGUGAGAUUGAUGCCCACCAGGAUAGCUUCAAGCAAUGUGCUGAGGAAGGUCAAGGACUCCUUGAUGAGAACCACCCACAAUCAGAAGAAGUCAAAGAGAAGCUGGUGACGCUUGCUGAUGAGAAGAAAGCUCUUGAAGAACUGUGGGAGGAGAGACGUGUCACAUACGAACAAUGCAUGGAUCUACAGCUCUUCUAUAGAGAUACUAAACAAGCUAAUAGCUGGAUGACCAAACAAGAGACAUUCCUGGCCAAUGAGGAUCUUGGAGAUUCCAUUGAUGAGGUGGAGGUACUGAUCAAGAAACAUGAUAACUUUGAGAAAUCUCUCAAUGCUCAGGAGGAAAAGAUCAAGGCCUUGGAUGAUUUUGCUACCAAACUGAUUGAGAGUGAACACUACGCAUCACCUGAUGUUGACCAGUGCAGGAAUGAGCUUCUCAACCGUCGUGGUAACCUUGUUGACAAGGCUGACCAACGUCGCAAGCUUCUUGAAGACUCCUACCGAUACCAGCAGUUUGAUCGUGAUGCUGAUGAGGUAGAAGCCUGGAUCAAGGAGAAACUCAAGGGAACAUCUGAUGAAUCUUACAAGGACCCUACCAACCUUCAAAGGAAGCAGUUGAAGCACUCUGUCUUUGAGUCUGAGCUUCAAGCCAAUCAACAACGUAUUGGCAAGGUCAGGGACGAAGGCAAUGGUAUGAUCUCUGAGGGACACUAUAAAUCUGAUGAGAUCAGGGAUCGUCUUGAAAACCUAAAUGGUCUCUGGAUGGAGCUCCUAAAUACAUCAGAGCAGAAGAGUCAGAAACUCAGUCAAGCUACUGAGGCUGCCGUCGUGACACGUAACAUUGAAGAGAUUGCAACAUCCUUGACAGACUUUGAUGCUAUCCUUGGGUCGGAUGAUAUCGGAAAGGAUCUUGUAUCAGUCCAGAAGCUUCGUGCCAAGCUAGAUGUGUUAGAAUCAGACAUCGGAGCUAAAGAGACGGCUAUCCAAGCUACCCGUAUGCAAACAACUGAGAUGGCUAUGGCUUCACAUUUCAAAGCUGAUGAGAUCUCAGAGAAGGAGAAGAUUGUUGCUACUAAGGUGGAAGCACUCAAGGCACCACUCCAGGCGCGUAAGCAGAAACUGGAAGCCGCUCAUCGUCUCCACGAGUUCCUGCGCGACGUCGACGAUGAGGAGGCAUGGAUCCGGGAGAAGGAACCUCUGGCAUCGUCAACCAACCGUGGUCGUGAUCUGAUCGGAGUACAGAACCUGAUCAAGAAGCAUCAAGCCUUGAAUACAGAGGUCCAAGGCCAUGAGCCUAGGAUCAAGAUGGUCACUAAGACAGGAGAACAGAUGCUGGAUGAAGGUCACUUUGCUAAUGAUGAGAUCUCUGCCAAGGUCAAGGGACUGGAAGAGAAAUGGAAGAAUCUCAAGGACAAGAUCGCCCAGCGCAAGGAUGAUCUAGAGGAUUCGUUGGAAGCCCAGCAGUACUUUGCUGACGCAAAUGAGGCUGAAUCUUGGAUGCAAGAAAAGGAGCCCAUUGUCGCCAGCGAGGACUAUGGUAAAGAUGAAGACAGUGCAGAGUCUCAACUCAAGAAACACAAGACUUUAAUGGCCGACCUUGUCGCAUACAGAACAACCAUUGAAAUGCUCAAGAAACAAGCUGAAGGUUGCCGGUAUGAUCCCCAUCUCCCUAAGCGUGAUGGAAACCAACAAGAUAUUCCUAUUUCCGAGGACGUUGGCAAGGAAUACGUUGUAGCGCUGUACGAUUACAUGGAGAAGAGCCCUCGUGAGGUGUCGAUGAAGAAGGGUGAUGUUUUGGUUCUCCUCAACAGCUCGAACAAGGAUUGGUGGAAGGUAGAAGUCAACGAUCGUCAAGGAUUCGUCCCAGCUGCUUACGUCAAGAAGAUGGACGCCGCCCAGUCUGCAUCUCAAGCCAAUCUUGUUGAAGAUGCUAACAUCAUGAGAAGACAAGAAAAUAUUGAACAAGAAUACCAAGCUCUUCUUGAUAAAGCUGGUGUUCGCAAGGAAGCCUUGGAGGAGUCUGUGAAGCGUCAUUCUUUGGUCCGUGAAGCCAAUGAUCUCAUCCAAUGGGUCAAUGAUAAGGCUGCUGUUGUUGAGAGUGCUGAGGUUGGUGAUGACUUGGAACAGGUCGAAGUCCUCCAGAAGAAGUUUGAUGACUUCCAGAAGGAUCUAAAAGCCAAUGAAUCUCGUCUCCUUGAGAUCAACACCAUCCUUGAAACCUUGGACCUUGAGAAGGUACCGGAGGCUGACAUCGUUGUCCAGAAAGUCAACGAUUUGAAUACAGAAUGGCAAGGACUCCAGAAGUUGACUGACGAUCGUAGUGCAAGUCUUGGCACUGCCCAUGAAGUACAAAGGUUCUUCAGGGAUGCUGAUGAGACUAAGGAUUGGAUUGAUGAUAAGAACAAAGCCCUGAACACAGAAAACUUUGGUCAUGACCUGCACAGCGUUCAAGCUCUUCAACGUAAACAUCAAGGUCUGGAGAGAGAUCUCAAUGCCCUCGGCAAACAGGUUCAAACUCUGGAUGAGACCGCUGACCGACUGGUACAGACCCAUCCUGAUCAAGAGGAACCAAUCGUUGCUAAGAGAGCAGAGAUUGAUGAAGCAUGGCAUACCCUCCAAGAUAGGGCCAAUGCUCGCAAGGACAAACUGAUGGAUUCAUAUGACCUGCAACGUUUCCUGAGUGACUUCCGUGAUCUCAUGUCAUGGACCAACGGUAUGAAAACCUUGGUUGCCAGUGAUGAGCUCGCUAAGGAUGUGACUGGAGCCGAAGCAUUGUUAGAGCGCCAUCAGGAACUACACACUGAGAUGGAAGCCAAGGCAGGAACCUUCCAAGCCUUUGAAGCCUUUGGUCAAGAGUUGAUCAAGAAUGACCACUAUGCUGCCCCUGAGGUUCAAGAGAAACUGGACAUCCUAGCAAAGGAGAGAGAAGACCUGGAAGUAUCAUGGAAUGAUCGCAGACACAAGUUGGACCAAUGCUUGGAACUCCAGUUGUUCCUUCGUGAUUGUGAGCAAGCCGAAGCCUGGAUGGGUGCAAGGGAAGCAUUCCUAGCCAGUGAAGGAUUGACUGAUUCAUUGGACAGUGUGGAGUCACUCAUCAAGAAACAUGAAGACUUUGACAAGGCUCUGUCUCUCCAGGAACAGAAGAUCAAUGCCAUUGAGUCCUUUGCUCAACAGCUUAUCAACAAUGACCACUACGAUGGACCUGCUAUUGGAACCAAGAGGGACCAGGUUCUGGAACGUUGGCAUUCCCUGAAGGCUGCAUUGAUUGAGAAGCGUUCUAAGCUUGGUGAAUCUCACACCCUUCAACAGUUCAGCCGUGAUGCUGAUGAAGUCGAGGCUUGGAUCUCAGAGAAGAUCCAGGUAGCUACCGAUGAAUCUUACCUUGAUCCAAGCAACAUCCAGAGCAAACAUCAGAAGCACCAAGCCUUUGAGGCUGAGGUCGCUGCUAACGCUGAGAGAAUCCAAGCCAUCAUGGCAGUAGGGCAGAGAUUGAUUGAUGCAAACCAGUGUGGAGGAACAGAGGAAGCAGUUCAGGCUCGCAUUGUAGGCAUCGGUGAUCAGUGGGAGUACCUCGUCCAACGAUCAGCCGAGAAAUCUCUGAAACUGAAGGAAGCCAACAAGCAACAGACCUUCCACAUCAGUAUCAAAGACAUCAACUUCUGGCUCGGUGAGAUGGAGAAUGCCUUGGCCUCUGAGGAUGUCGGACGUGACUUGGCCUCGGUCACCAACCUGAUUAAGAAGCACCAGCUUCUGGAGGAUGAUAUCGCUGCUCACGAGGACAGGAUCCAGGUCCUGAACAACCAGGCGGAUUCCUUCAUCGAGGCUGGUCAUUUUGAUCCUGAAGCCAUGCGCAAGACCAAGGAGGAUAUCAAUCAGAGGUACGAGCGCAUCAAGGACCUUGCUGUCGAUCGUCGCGGAAAGCUGAACGAGUCUCACCGCGUCUAUCAGUUCUUCCGUGAUAUUGAUGACGAAGAGUCGUGGAUCAAGGAGAAGAAGCUUCUGACUAGCUCCGAUGACUACGGCCGUGAACUGACAGGCGUGCAGAAUCUACGCAAGAAGCACAAGCGAUUGGAGACGGAGAUCGUCAGCCAUGAGCCCGCCAUCCAGGCUGUCCAGGAUGCAGGUCAGUCUUUGAUGCAGGAUGUAGCCCUUAACCAGGAAGGAGUCCAGCAACGUCUGGAUCAACUUGCCAGCAACUGGGAAGAGCUGAAGCAGUUGGCUGACACCCGUGGUGGCAAGCUUGAUGAAUCCUUGGCAUACCAAGAGUUCCUUGCUGGUAUUGAAGAGGAAGAAGCCUGGUUCAAUGAGAGGAUGAAUCUCCUGUGCAGUGAGGACUACGGUGACACCCUUGCUGCUGUACAAGGUCUUCUCAAGAAGCACAAGGCCUUUGAGACCGACUUCACUGUCCAUCGUGAUCGAGUCAGUGACAUCAAGGCCCAAGGAGAGAAGCUCAUCGAAGAUGGCAACCAUAACUCUGAGGCCAUCUCCCAACGUAAUGAGUCACUUCAACGCAAGCUCCAGGAACUAGAAGAGGCUGCUGCUCGCCGCAAGGCCAAUCUUGAUGACAACUCUGCUUUCCUGCAGUUCAUCUGGAAGGCCGAUGUUGUCGAGUCUUGGAUUGGCGAGAAGGAGAGCUUCGCUCGUUCUGAUGAUUACGGUCGUGACCUUUCAUCUGUUCAGACCCUUCUAACCAAACAGGAGACCUUUGAUGCUGGUCUCCAAGCCUUUGAGAAGGAAGGUAUCCAUGCAAUCACAACUCUCAAGGACAAAUUGGUUGCUGCCAACCAUGCCCAGACACCCGCCAUCCAACAACGUCAUGCCAAUCUGAUCGCCCGCUGGGAGAAGCUUCUCUCAGACUCCAACAACCGACGUCAACGUCUCCUGCGUGCUCAGGAGCAGUACCGUGAAGUAGAGGAUCUCUUCUUGCUCUUCGCUAAGAAGGCAUCUGCUUUCAACUCCUGGUUUGAAAAUGCCGAGGAGGACCUGACUGAUCCAGUACGAUGUAACUCUGUUGAGGAGAUCCAGGCUUUGAAGGAGGCCCACGAUGCCUUCACAGCAUCCCUGAGCAGUGCACAGAAUGACCUGAAACAACUCGCUGCUCUGGACAAACAGAUCAAGAGCUACAAUGUCACCUCCAACCCUUACACCUGGUUCACGAUGGAAGCUCUUGAGGAGACAUGGAGGAAUCUUCAGAAGAUCAUCAAGGAACGUGAGGUUGAGCUCAAUCGUGAGAUGGAGAGACAAGAGGAGAAUGAUAAGCUUAGGAAACGAUUCGCUCAACAGGCUAACUCCUUCCAUCAAUGGAUCACAGAGACAAGCAAGGAAAUCAUCUUUGGGCGAGCUGCUAUGGUGGAGGAAUCUGGAAACUUGGAGACCCAGCUCGAAUCCCUCAAGGCUAAGAUCAAUGAAGUCCGUGCUCAGAAGAGUACCCUCAAGAAGAUUGAAGACCUUGGAGCCAAGAUGGAGGAACGUCUUAUCUUGGAUAAUCGAUACACGGAGCAUUCAACGGUAGGUCUAGCCCAGCAGUGGGAUCAGUUAGACCAGCUUGGUAUGCGUAUGACACACAACCUUGAACAACAGAUCCAGGCUAGGAACACUACAGGAGUCAGUGAAGAAUCACUCAAGGAAUUCAGCAUGAUGUUCAAGCAUUUCGACAAGGACAAGUCUGGCAAGCUAGACCAUACCGAGUUCAAAUCUUGUCUGCGAUCUCUUGGUUAUGAUCUACCAAUGGUUGAAGAAGGUCAGGAAGAACCCGUCUUCCUAUCUAUAUUGGACAUCGUUGAUCCUAACCGUGAUGGGUAUGUAAGUCUACAGGAGUACAUGUCCUUCAUGAUAAGUCGAGAAACAGAGAACGUCCAAUCAAAGGAUGAGAUUGAGAACGCUUUCCGUGCACUCAGUGCGGAGGGCAAACCUUAUGUCACCAAGCAGGAACUCUAUGCCAACCUCCAAACCGAUUUGGCAGAGUACUGUAUCCUGCGAAUGGAACCGUAUCGCGAUGCCAAGGGACGGGAGGUACCUGGCGCCCUCGAUUACGUCAAGUUCACCAACAACAUGUUCCAGAAUUAGACAUCUUCAUUCUUCAUGGAAGAAAAGGCUAAGAUCUUGUUGCGAGGAGAUAAUAAAACUGAUAUUGAAAUUAAAUUUCUUCUUUAAGUCUUUGAAAAAGUUUUAAAAAGCUCUACAUAAGCUUCAGCAUGAAAAUAAAAAAAAACCUUAACUCUCAAACUGAAAAAAAUAUCAAAGGAGUUGUAGAAGUCUGUAUUACUGAUUAAAAAUUAACCAUUCUGUUCGUGAACAAUCUUGGAAUAUUCAGGGGCAAAUUCUCUGGAAGGGCAAUGUCCAUGGUAGCUUUGAAUAUAGAA